AUGAACGAUCGAUUAGAAGUUAAACAUGUACAAAAAAGGGUCGCUUAUUCAAGUUUAGAAAAUAUCAAUGGAAAAAGAAGCGACGAGAACACUGGAAUUGGAAUAGCUCCUCAUGUUGUGCAACUGGCAGGAUGUACUUAUCUGGCUGUCACCAAAAGUUGCAUUGCAAAAGCGAUAGUGUUACAUGAUCGAGAGCCAGUAAAUAUCAACGAACAUCAAUUUCUGAUCGGUAUGGAUAAACGAAUCACCCCAUAUAGCGAAUUCUUUUACCCAUUACUCAAUAUGUUGGAGUUGAAAAAAAGAGUGUACAAAAUAUGGAUUAAUGGUCAGAGAGACCACAACCAGCAAGAAUCAAUAUAUACUACAUAUUCUAUGCUUGCCGCUAUUUGGAAGAGCUUGUCGUACUUUGAGAGAGGAAAUGUGUAUCAAGAAAGCAAAGACAGCAUCUGGCGGAUCGAAAAUUUUGCGAAGCGUUUGAAUGAAUUUGAAACCGGAAUCGAUCGAAAGGAAGCAAUUAUUUCAGCAGUGUUGUGUGGAACCUCAUUUUCACUGCAAGUACCGAAUUUUCCGUGCGUGUACCACCUUAACACAGGAAGUCGAUACACAACAGUACCCUGUGCUGAAUUUUACCACAAUUACGAUUUGGUUUUUGUUGCAUCUAUUUAUCACUAUCUUCGUGCCACUCGUUGUGAUAAUUUUGAGCCGAAUCCAAUCUUGAGUGAUAGUCAACAAUUACAUGCAAGAGUCGUGGAUUUUGAAAAAAGCAUUUGGAUGGAAAGUAACAACAGGACACCAACUGGUGCGAUGGCCAGUUUAAUGAAGAAAACAUCUGCGGAACGUAUUCUCUCAGAGAAAAACAAUGAGACUUAUUAUGAGCUCGAUUCGGAGUGUGAACAGGCUAUGAUUGAUUUCGAUAAAGAGAACCCAGGGAAGAUUAAAGGAUGGGAGGUUCAACGAGGAGGAAUCUUGUUGGCGUUGCAAAAAGGAGACAUCCAACGAAAUAACGACGAUUUCCUGGUACUUAUUGCAGAAUACAUGGUGAAUCAUAUUAAGUCAAUUGCCACUGAAUCGAUCAAGAUACAUUUCCACUUGAUGGUGCCAUCUGUUGGAGCUCGAAGCAUCAGAAGCAUCAAUGAAAUCAUGGACGAAUUCUCUAAAUCGUGCGAAUUCCGACGUCUAAGUCGAGCAAGGAUGCAUGAUUUUCCUAGACCCGGACAAAAAAGAAACAUACAAAUGCGUGAACCCGUAGAAAGAAAAAAGAGCCCAAGAUUAGAUGCUGGAAAAUAA